UUUAAUUGUAUUUUUCUUUAUAUAAAGUAGUGGAUGAUUGAACUUACAUUAUCGCUGAACCCUUGAAACAUAGUACUCCAAAUUACAAGGAGACAAAAUCAUGGAACACUCUAAGUCUCUGCAUGAGAAGAACGAAGAUGAAGCAUCUUCUCAGGACGGGAAACUAUAUGUCAAUGACAAGAAAGGAGGAUGGAUUACCUUUCCUUUCAUCAUAGGAAGUGUGAUGGGACUAACAUUAGCAGCCACAUCAUGGUAUGCAAACAUAGUGGUGUAUGCAAUGAAGAAAUAUAACAUUAAAGAUAUUUCUGCUGCUCAAUUCCAUAAUGUUUCGGGUGCGGGUGUCAAUUUCUUUCCAAUUUUAGGAGCAAUUCUUGCUGACUCUCUCUUCGGCUCCUACACGGUCGUGCUCGUCUCAUCCUGUGUCUCUUUAUUGGGCGGAAUAAUGUUCACUCUUUCAUCUGCCAUCCCUUCUUUGAGACCUCCACCAUGCACAAGCAUGAGCACAUGCACACCUCCAUCAAGCCUCCAGUAUGCCUUUCUCUAUGCCACAUUAGCGAUUUCAAUGAUCGGAUUCGGAGGCACUCGCUUCGUGCUUGGAGCAUUAGGAGCAGACCAAUUCAAAACACCCGAACAACAACGAGUGUUCUUCAAUUGGUUCAUCUUCGCCAUCGAAGCGAGCUCCGUUGUAGGCUUUACUGCCGUAAUUUACCUCCAAGACAAGGGAAAAUGGACCUUGAGUUUUGGCCUUAGUGCCAUUGUAAAUGCAAUUGUUAUUGUAUUGUUUUUGUUUGGCUCGCGCUUUUAUCGGCUAGUUGCACGACAAGGAAGCCCUUUCAUCAGCUUAGCUCGCGUCUUAGUUGCGUCCUUUAGAAAGCGUGCUCAUAUGGCUGGAGGAGUUGAAGAUGAGUAUUUUCAUGGUACCAUAGAAUCAAAGAUGCUUAAUGGAGCUCCAACUUCUAGCCUAAGAUUUUUCAAUCGAGCUGCAUUAAUAAAAGGAGGAGAUAAUCACCAAUCAAAACUCCUCACAAAAUCAUGGAGCUUGUGCACUACUGAAGAAGUAGAGGACCUAAAGAAAUUGAUCAAAGCAUUGCCAAUAUGGUCAGGAGGCAUAUUACUUAACACUAUAUCUGGUGUUGCUGCAAGCCUAGUUGUUCUUCAAGCUUUGAAGAUGGACCGGAGCCUAGGUCUUCAUUUCAAGAUACCGGCUGCAAGCAUUCUAGUGUUUCCGCUACUAUGUGGAGCUAUCGCGCUUUCACUUCUUGAUCGCCUAGUAUAUCCACUUUGGAAAAAGAUUGUUGGUAGACCAUUAGAGCCUCUUAAACGGGUUGGAAUUGGUUACUUCUUGACUUUCAUCGGCAUGAUAUCAUUCGCUCUCGUUGAAAAGAAACGACUUAAUCUAGUACCUACCAACCAUUCGAUUUCAGCAUUAUGGUUAAUUUGGCCAUUAGGGUUUUUGGGUGUAUCAAGUUCGUUUUACUUCCCAGCUGAGUUGGCAUUCUUCUAUCAAGAACUACCAAAAUCGCUAAGAAGUACAGCAGCUUCUUUAGCCUCAUUGCAUAUGGCUAUUGGAUAUUAUCUUAGUAGUGUGCUUAUUAGUUUGGUUCGACGAAGUACUUCAUGGUUACCAGAUGAUAUUAAUCAUGGGAGAUUGGAUAAAGUGUUCUGGACUUUAGCUAUCAUUGGAGCUAUUAACCUUGGUUAUUAUCUUGUAUGUGCCAAGUUAUACAAGUACACACAUGAGUCUACUGAGAAAGCAAUUUUAUCAGAAAACUACGAGCAUAAUUGAUUUAUUCUGUGAUUUGUGCAUGUCUUGCUUAGUUUUCGAGUGUUGUACGAACAACAAUGGUAUGUUCUAUGUUAAUUCAGCAACUGUGUCAUUUUUUGUGAUUUAUGGUUGUAAUUGGAUUGAUUUUGUCUAUGAAGUUCCUCUAUGUAAUUAUGUAGUCAUGACUACCCAAUGGGUAGGCUCAUGAUGGCUCGUGUAACAUGUGCUGAUUUGAUUAAGAAGAACAAUAAUGCAGUAAUUAAGUUGUA